AUGAGUGACAUUGUUUGUUACAAGUGCGGAGGAAGGGGUCAUUUUAAGAAGGAUUGUCCAAAUUCCAGAGCUUUGACCAUACAAGAGGUAAAACUUAUUGCUAACCAAACUAUCAAUUGGGAGGAUUUCGAGGUUGAAGAAGUGGAGGACGUGAAUUCUACUGAAGGGGACGAGGAGGAAGAGCAAUGUUUCCCCGAAGAAGGGACCAAAACAAAUCUGGUUGUGAGAAGGGCGUUGCAAGCUCGCGUUGACGAACCCUUAGCACCGCAAAGGCAACAUAUGUUCAUUACCAAGUGCAAGAUUAAAGGCGAGGUAUGUGAUUUAAUUGUUGAUGGUGGUAGUGAGGCAAACACAGUUUCCAAAACCUUGAUAACUAGACUUGGUCUUACAACUACAAAUCACCCACAUCCUUAUAAGUUGAGUUGGUUGGACUCUAAUUCUAGCACAGGGGUUAGGAAACAAUGCAUGGUUAGUUUUUCUAUUGGGUCUUAUCAUGAUACUCAACUGUGUGAUGUUGUGUCUAUGGAUGCUUGUCACAUUUUGCUUGGUAGACCUUGGCAAACUGAUCGAAAAUCUCAACAUGAUGGAGGUCCACGAAAAUUUUGUGAGUCAAAACCCCAAAUUGGCUCAAUUGAUAAGGAUUUUGAGGAUGUUUUUCCCGAUGAGUUACCUAAAGAGUUACCACCUUUGAGGGGAAUUGAACAUCAAAUUGACCUCAUUCCCGGUGCUCCUUUGCCUAACAAACCUGCCUAUAGGUGUAAUCCCUUGGAAACUAAGGAAUUGCAACGACAAAUUGAGGAGUUGAUGAGUAUGGGCGCAUGGAGGAGGUCUAGCAGGCCAUUUCGAAGUUCAAAAGACUAUGGAGCUUCUUCAAGCUCACUUUUAUUGGCGGAGAGACCUUGGGAAGACAUAAGCAUGGAUUUCAUUGUGGCUUUACCUAGAACUCAAGGAGGUAAGGACUCAAUCAUGGUGGUAGUUGAUCGUUUUUCAAAGAUGGCUCACUUUGUCCCUUGUCAUAAAACCGAGGAUGCUACGAUGGUGGCGAAAUUAUAUUUUGAUGGGGUUGUUCGUUUCCAUGGAAUCCCACGCACCAUUGUUUCAGAUCGAGAUACAAAGUUCCAAAGUCAUUUUUGGAAGUCCUUGUGGCGUCUUAUGGGAACCAAGUUGCUGUUUUCUACCUCACAUCACCCCCAAACCGAUGGCCAAACCGAGGUGGUGAAUAGGGUACUAGGUUCUUUGCUUAGGACCUUGGUUAGUAAGAGCACCAAAGAUUGGGAUGUCAAACUCGCUCAUGCUGAGUUUGCGUACAAUAGAACUCCUAGCGCUACUACAAAGUAUUCUCCUUUUGAAGUAGUCUAUGGUUCUAAUCCUUAUGUUCCAAUUGAUCUCAUAGCGUUGCCUCGAGACAAGUUCGUGCAUGGAGGUGCCAAGGAACAAGCCGAGUUCAUGGUGAAAAUCCACAAGGAAGUAAGGAAGAACAUCGAGAAGGCUAAUGAAAUCUAUAAGAAGCAAGCCAACAAGAGAGUCAAAAACGUGAGAAGUUUUGAAGUUGGUGACUUAGUGUGGAUCUACAUGAGGAAGGAAAGGUUUCCCAAUCAAAGGAAGAAAAAGCUCAUGCCACGAGCCGAGGGUCCAUUUGAGAUAGUGGAAACGAUCAAUGACAAUGCCUACAAGGUAGAUUUGGGAGGAAAGUAUGGCGUCUCAAGCACAUUCAAUGUGGGGGAUCUAGCACCGUACUAUAAUGAUGAAGAAUUGAGGGCAAUUCCCUUUGAAGAAGGGGAGGAUGACCAAAGUUGUCAAGGUUCGAAUAUUCCAGUCCAAGAGUUGAACGUUAGGGAAUUGAUUUUGUCCAAGUCUUUCUUCGAUGCUACUCCUAUGGAUUUUGGCGUGCACGGUCCAUAUAAUUCCUCAAAUGGUUGCACCGUAUUAAGCGUAACUAAUUACCUCGAUAAUGGGGGAAUAUAG